AUGGCACCCAAACCGUCUAUCAUAUCAAUCGUAGCAUGUCUUAUGCCCGAAAUGGGCAUUGGCUCCAACGGACAACUACCUUGGAGAUUGAAGCAAGAAAUGGCAUAUUUCAGACAGGCGACUACGAAUACAUUUGGUAAGGACACACGAAACGCGGUGGUUAUGGGCAGAAAAACCUGGGAAUCUAUUCCGGCCAAGUUCAGACCACUUCAAAACCGUAUCAAUGUGGUUGUUUCGCGUCAACACUCAGAAGAAUUGGCGCCGUUGGCACCGUUAGAUUCUACGGGCUCAACAGUAUGGCUCAGUAAUUCGCUAACGCGGUGUCUAGAGCUCCUGCCCGAGCAAGUUCCUAAUUUGGAACGUAUUUAUGUCAUUGGUGGUGGCGAAAUAUAUGCCCAGACCAGCAGCUUGUGCGAUUACAUGCUCAUAACAGAAAUCCGACCAGAAGAUGAGGCCAAGCGACCUUCUAUGGAUACGUUUUUGGACUCAAAUGUGGUGAAUGAAAGAUUUCAACGUGAGGAAAGUCUUCGCGGGUUUUUUCCUGCCAAUGUGAAACUACCAGAAAGCCCACAGAUACGAGAAAAUGGCUACGUCUACGAGUUUGCUCUUUACAAAGUGCGCAAAGCCAAGGAUCAGUGA